UGCCCGGGCUUCGGCGAAGUUCUGGAGUCUGGCUCCCUGGAAACUACAAGUUCUAGCGUGCGCUGUGGGCAGUUCGGAAAGCCCAUCAGGCUCUCCAGGCAGCCGCUGGGGUCUAAUGCACGGUCGCCAGGCCUCCGGAGUCGGGCCCUCGUUCUACCCAGCCUAAGAUGGCCGCGGCGAAGGCCGAGGUGGGUGUGGCUGGGGAGAAGAGGCCCCGCCCCUCCAGAAUGCUUCUCCGAGGCGUGUCCAUGGCGACAGCAGCAGCGGUGGCGGCGGCGGCGGCGGCGCUGCGAGCCUGUGGAGGCGCCGCCGCCGCCGGGGUCUCAGUGCUAGAAUCUGCAAGUAUGGAGAAUGUUAUCUGCAAAACCAGUGAAUCAGAGGAUGACUAUGGCGAGGAAGAGGAAUCCGAGGAGGAAAAUAUUAAAAGGGUCAUAGGCUCCUCCACUGCUCUGCAGCAGGACAGCCCAGAGGCAGGUGGGAAUGCGGCCCCCACUUCCAUUGUCAACAAGUUUCAGAAGAAAACGGCAGCCCCUUCUGAGCCAGAGGACCUAGAAGUUGGGAGGAAAAAGAGACGGCGAAAAAGAAGACUCUUGACUAUCAACCUGACCAACUGCAAGUAUGAAAGUGUUCGACGAGCUGCUCAACUCUGUGGUCUGAAAGAGGUCGGGGAGGACGAGGAAUGGACAGUGUACUGGACUGACUGUUCUGUCUCACUAGAGCGGGUUAUGGACAUGAAGAGAUUUCAAAAAAUCAACCAUUUUCCAGGAAUGACAGAAAUCUGUCGUAAAGAUCUAUUGGCACGAAAUCUCAACCGCAUGCACAAACUUUAUCCUUCUGAGUAUAACAUUUUCCCCCGAACCUGGUGCCUCCCUGCAGACUAUGGAGACUUUCAGAACCAUGGACGUCAGCGGAAAACUCGUACUUACAUCUGUAAGCCAGACAGUGGCUGCCAGGGACGAGGCAUCUUUAUUACUCGGAAUCCUCGGGAGAUCAAGCCAGGAGAGCAUAUGAUCUGUCAGCAGUACAUAUCAAAGCCCUUCCUCAUUGAUGGCUUCAAGUUUGAUAUGAGAAUCUAUGUCCUGAUCACAUCCUGUGACCCGCUUCGUGUCUUCAUGUAUGAAGAAGGUUUAGCCCGCUUUGCUACUAUGCCUUACAUGGAACCAAGCAUCAGCAAUCUGGAUGAUGUCUGCAUGCACCUGACUAACUAUGCCAUCAACAAGCAUAAUGAGAAUUUUGUUCGAGAUGAGACAAUAGGCAGCAAGAGGAAGCUGUCAACACUCAACACCUGGCUGAGGGACCACAACUACGAGCCAAGAGAAUUGUGGGGGGACAUCGAGGACAUCAUCAUCAAGACCAUCAUCUCUGCUCAUUCCGUUCUUCGACACAACUACCGAACCUGCUUUCCACAGUAUUUGGGGAGUGGCACUUGUGCCUGCUUUGAGAUCCUUGGCUUCGACAUCUUACUGGACCACAAGCUGAAGCCCUGGCUGCUAGAGGUCAAUCACUCUCCGAGCUUCACCACAGACUCAUGCCUCGACCGGGAAGUGAAGGAUGCACUUCUUGGUGAUGCCAUGAAUCUUAUCAACCUCCGAGGCUGUGACAAGAGGAAGGUGCUAGAAGAAGAUAAGCGGAGGGUGAAGGAGAGGCUUUUCCAGAGUCAUCAGCAACCACGAGAAUCCCGGCGAGAACAAAUGGAGUCAUCAAAUGCAGCAAUGCUGGACCAGGAAAAGUAUGAGAACUCCCACCUAGGUGGUUACCGGCGUAUCUACCCUGGGGCAGACUCUGAAAAGUAUGCACCCUUCUUCAAGCACAAUGGCUCACUUUUCCAGGAGACCGCUGCCUCCAAAGCAAGGGAAGAAUGUGCCAGGCAGCAACUGGAGGAGAUCCGUCUGAAGCAGGAACAGCUUGAGGCCACAGGCAACAACAAAAGGAGGAAAGAAAAUAAGGAUGUCAAUCAGGGCGAAUCAGCUGGAGAGAAGAACAGGUCCAAGGCAGCGCCCAAAGGCCUGCCCAAUCGCUUGAACUACAUAAGGUCCAGGAACCAAGAAAAGCAGCUUCCAGCAGUACAAGUGGACACCAUGCAGCCUCAAGAAAUUGUGGAGGAGGAGGAAUUGGAGCGGUUGAAAUCCCUUCUUCAAAGGGAGAAUCUUAUUCGUAGUCUGGGUAUUGUAGAUCAGCUAACUCGUAUGCUGCACCCCACUCAACGACCCCAGAACAAAUUCCCUACAAAUCGGGCUAGAUUUCACCAGGAUGGACUUGGCAAUCGAGAUGUGCAGUCUGUGAAUCUCGUCCCUUUGUCCCUUAUAAGAGAAAAUACCGUCCAAGAACUGGGCCCUAACUUCAUACAACCAGUCCGGACUCACACAUUCAUCCCCAACAUCCUGGGUCCACUGUCAAACAUGAGAACAACCAUCCCCCACCCUUCCCACUGCCAGUUGCAGCCCAAGAACCUCAACUGGUUAGGUACCUCUUCUGCAGGAAGUAGUUCCUGCUCACUGACAAUGAAGAAGUCAGGCAGACGUUAUUUUUCCAGUUCUCGAGGCAAGCAUGAUGGCCGGUCCCGUAUUUUUAUUUUAGAGGGCCAAACUAACAGAAGGUUAGAAGCCAUGAACCGGGCGCUGACAGGAUCAGUGCCGCCCUCCCUAACCCCAAGGCAGGGCUACCUUCUGCACCCGGAGAGAGAAGCGAGUGACUGCUGGGCUGGCUGCAGCCUGCCCUCCAUGUCAGAAUCCAGGCACAGAGUCACGACCCGCGAGCUGACGCUGUGUCCCGCCUCUGCACCCCUUCUCCAGCACCCCAAUGCACUGGGUCUCCUCAACAUCAGCCACCACAGGUGAUGGACCUGAGCCCAGGGCCGGAAGAAUGAACCUACUGGUCCCUGGAUAUCGGAGAGCAGAGGUAACAUCUGAGCCGAAAGAGCAGGAGACGACUCCCUGGGCCGGGCCUGGGCCCUGAGCCUAGCGACGAAGCCGGGCGCCAGACCUAACCGAGCAGAGCCCGGUGACCUGCCGGGGGCUGCCGGCGCCCAGGAGGACGUCGCCGCGUUGCGUGUGACGUGAGGUCUGGCGUGCGUGCAUGCGUGCGUGGGUCGGGGAGGAGCGUGCUGCCUCUCCACCGCCGCUCUUACCCCGCGGGACCGCUCGAGAGCAACAGUCGGUCGCGGCUGGGGCCGGGACUGAGCUCUUAGCAAUUGUAUCCGUCUUUUUAUUAAAAUUUUAUAGUGUUUCUC